AUGCUAUGGGCCUACUCAGAGUUUGUCCUGACCUACCUGGAGGAGCUAAAUGUAGGAGUGGAGGUGACCCAGACAGAGAAGCACAGUCACCACAGGGCCUGGUCUACAGAAUGUCAGGAGACAGAGGAUCCAGGAUACAACGUCAGUGACACCAAUCAAAACUAUGUUCCAAGACCCAUAGACACCCAGUCAAUGCCACCAGGAGCCCUAAGGGAGAGCAACCAGCUGACAGUGGCACCGGUGAGGAAACUAGAAGACAAACACCCCAAGGCUUCAGCUCAAAGGUAGGCCACUGACAGAACUGAUAGUUAUUGUUCAAUGACAUUAGAUGUUUUCCUUCAGUUUCAUGUAAGAUUGAU